CGCUUUAUUUCUGGCAACAUCUGGAGUGACCAAUACAAUUGGUGCUAAUUAAGUCAAUAGACUCACAACUCUGAAAUGAAAAAUACUAUAUAACUGUGUUCCCCAUUUGUAAACUUAACGACACUACUUUCUUGGUCCUUUACAAUUAUAUUUCUUUCUUUAUUCUAAGUAUGGAAUCAAGAUUGCUUUUGGUUACUCAAUCAGGUAAUGUUGAUGAUUUAUACUCUCUUAUUGGAGCGGAUCCCAACGUUCUUCACAACGUCGACAUUUUACCUUUCAUCCACACACCUCUCCAUGAAGCGUCAUCUGCUGGGAAGAUGGAUUUGGCUAUGGAACUAAUGAUGCUAAAGCCAUCUUUGGCCAAGAAACUAAACGAGGAUGGGUUAAGUCCGUUGCAUCUCGCUGUCGAGAACCAGUAUGAGGAGUUAGCACUAGAGCUAGUCAAGGUUGAUCCCAGUCUUGUUCGCAUUUGCGGUAGAGGAGGUAUGACACCAUUGCAUCUUGUGACAGAGAAAGGUGACUUCGGACUUCUUACAGAGUUUCUUCUAGCAUGUCCUGAAAGCAUUAAAGAUGCGAACUUAAAGGGAGAAACGGCUUUACAUAUCACGGUUAUGAACGAUAGCUACGAAGGGCUCAAAGUUCUCACAGGGUGGAUGCAGAAAAUUCGCGAUAAGGAUGGUGUGUGGUUCCGCGACGUCCUAAACAGAUGUAAUCGUGAAGGCAACACGGCUUUGCACCUAGCCGCAUACAAGAACAAUCACGAGGCAGUAAAGCAGCUGUUAAAAUGCUUGCAUUUGAACCGGAACAUCCAGAACAAAACUCGCAUGACGGCCCUUGAUGCCUUACGAGCAAAUGGAUCUCACAUGAAUAAAGAUACAGAGGAGAUCAUAGUAUGGUCCGGUGGUAAGACUGGAGGCUCUCAAUCUCAACGUACAGAAUGGUAUGUCUUCCUUAGAAAUCCGGUCACUUUCAAGGAAUUUUGCAAGUCUCGACUUGCACAUUACAGGAGUCACAUGUCAGACGGAACACGGAACGCUCUUCUAGUAAUAGUAGCUUUGAUAAUCGCAGCUACUUAUCAGACUGCAGCCCAACCGCAAGAAAAACCCAAAAAGACAGCCCAACCAGACAAUAAUGAGGAGUAUAUCUUUGAGCCGAUAAUAUGGGGAUGCAAUACGGUAGCCUUUUACACAGCUAUCUUAUUCACAUUGAUACUCUUACCAGAGGGUAAAUUAUUUGAGGGCUGGUAUGGCGUUAUUACGGGGCCUCUCGCCCUUUCUUAUUUCCUUUUCAUGCACAUGAAGGAAAAAAUCACUGACAAUUAUGAACCGGUAUUCCUGUUGAUGUAUUUGAUUGUCAUAUUCGGACUACUCAUUUAUCUUCUUGUAUUCUUUUUGACGUGGAAGCGGACUACAAAGAAGAAGAUAGCCAAACCCAAAACUGAGUUGAUUUCUCAAGGCUUCAAGACCAUGGUUUAGCCAUUUGAAGAAUUUCUAGAUUCUUUGCUCCUGUAAAAGUUUGAUUGU